AUGGACGAGCUCCUCACGCCAGUGAGCCGGACGUACAAGCCCUCCCCGGCUCACAGUGACGACUUCCUCACACUCUCGCAACCUCCACCCAAGAACGCCUCAGAAGAGACCAAGUUUACUGCCUCAUCCCCAGACGAAGCCCUCGAGGCGCUCAAGAGCCAACCUAGCUAUGACAAGCUCGUUUCCAUUCUGAGAUAUCUGCGCAAAGGUAUCGAGGGCAGGCAUGGCUUCGACAUCCGGCAGCCGGGUCCUCAGAGCGCCCAGAUUGUCCACGUUUUGGUCGCGGAGAUCGUGCCAAAUUACUGGGCUGUGCUGAACGAGGAAACCGAGACGCCCAAAAGCGGAGCAUUCGAAGCACUUCUGAUGGUUCUCAGGAGCGUGACCGGUCUGAAUUCAGUUCUCAUCUACAUGAGAGCACUCCUCAAACAAGCACAGUCAGACCCCAAAGGCUUGGGAGAUGCUUACGUGGCUUUGAAUCUGAAAUCAUCACUGGGACUUCUGUCGGCCCUUCUCGACUCGGAACACGCCAUUACAGAUUUGUGGGCGCCCAUCAAGUCUCUAAAGCCAGCGCCACAAGGCCGGAUCUUGCGCCAAGACUUACUUGGUCUUUUGACAAACAAUAAACUUACCUCCAUAAGCGCGGAGGCCGACUUCUUGCUGCGCCAAGCGGAUAAGUUAGAUGGCGAGCUCUGGGUCUCAUCGACAAAGGCUUACAUAGACUGGCUACUUCGGAACAUCCUAAGAUGCUUGCCCAGCACGGCAGACCCAGAAACCGAGAGCUUCUGUGUGGACUUACUGAAGCGUGCCAUGAGACUAACGAACUCCGAUGCUAUUCCACAGACACUCUUCAAUUGCCUGUUUCUGGACAGCGCAAAGGGAAGAGACACUUUCAUUAGGCUCAUGGAUUCCCUGCCUACUUCCGAUCAGAAGAAAUGGUUGGAGAUCAUCAUCAAGCAUAUAGCCAAGAAUAAUCUCAGUACCAUCGAUGACAGUGCUACCACGGCCGACUACCCCAUCAUCUGGGCCGCAAUUGGCGCGAUACGCAUCCUAACUGGCACGAGCCAAGGUCGCAAAGCCUAUUUGGUGGAUUGGUUGACCAAUACUGGCGGUGUUAGUAUUGGCGAAGGUUGUGGCAUCCGUAGAGCUGUGGUGGGCGCGCUGGCAGACGACAGGGAAACACUGUCUACGAUCCUCGAGCGCUGCACCAGUCAGUUCGGUGACCAGUUGUUCAUCAAACACGCGCCUAUACUCCAGCAGGAGGCUCAAGCACAAGUACUCCUCCUGGCAGCUGGCUAUGUACACAGCUUAGCUCCCAUCAAGCUGACGCUUUUACUGAGAUCGAGUGCUUAUCUAAAUACCAUUUCCAAUCGCAUAGGCGCAUCACAAAACCGAAGCCGUGUCUUGGGCAUGGUGGUUGGUGAGGCACUUUCUGGGCUCGUCCAUGACGACAAAACGAGACUCAACUUCAAGAUCGAUGAGGUCGAUACGGAAGAUGCGCAAUGGUACAAGUCACUUGUCAAGAUUCGUGACCAAGUCGGGCCAUUGGACCAGCUUCGGGAGACGAGAGCGUCUUCGACAUCCUCUCGAUCGAAAGUGAAAACAAAAGCCACUCGCAGCAUAGACAAGCGCCCACCUGUCAAGCCUGCGCAGUCUGGUUUCAUCAUCGAGGAAAUCGAGGAUGACGAGGAUGUAGAAAUGGAAGACCCUGAUCUCGUCCCUUACGCAAAGCCUGAAUCUGAUGACGAAGAUUCUGACGAAGAUCCGACAAUGAUCAACCGAGAUAAACCGAAAACACCAGUCUACAUCCGAGAUCUGAUUGCAUACUUUCGAGACACGGAGAACUUCGACCGCCACAAGAUUGCGCUUACCACCGCUCCUGAACUGAUCCGGCGCAAAGCGAACUACGGUACGGAAGUCACAUCUCACGCUGAGGAGUUGGCUACCCUCCUGGUGGGCUUGGAAAACAAGUACGAACUCGAGGAGUUUGAAAGCCUGCGACUGCAAGGCAUGGUCGCGAUCGUCCUUGCUCAGCCCAAGAAGAUGGCGCCUUGGUUCGGCAGGACAUUCUUUGACGGGGACUACUCCCUCUCGCAAAGAGCAUCCGUGCUUGUUGUCCUUGGCUUGAGUGGUCGAGAACUCGCGGGCUUUGACAUAUCUGAGUACUCGGCGGCGGCAGCGUUUCCUUCCAAGACGUUGCCCGCCAGAGUUGAGAAGCACUACUUGCCCGCGACGGAAGCCAGGCUGCAGGGUGCCGUUCGAGGUUCUCAUCUGAAGGCACUGCCACCAAAUGCACUCGACAAUCUCGCACAGUCUCUCUCUCAGUCGUUCCUGGCGCCUCUGGCUGCAGAAGCUGCGGAUGCCACGUCCGGGCCCGAUGUAUUGAAGUUGUCUUCUUUCACUUCCCGCCUCAAGGACGCACAAGGGUCAGGCAGAACCAUGAGCAAAAGUACGAGGCAAACCGGAGUCAAGUCUAUUCCAAACACCACAGCAGCGAUCAUCGCAUCUUCGUUCUUCUUCCCCCUUACUUCACGUUUCCCAGCUGCCGUGCACUCGCAUUCGGCGGCCAUGCGGGGCGUAUUAUUCCAGCCGCAUCUCCUCGCUUUGUUCAUCAAGACGCUUGCCGUGCUGAUCCAUGCUGCUGGACCCAGCACGCUCUCGCUUCCGCAGAUGACUGCAGAGCUCUGGGACGUACUCCUUGGCGUGCGAGGGCAGUGUGUCGGAGCAUUGGACGUUACUCAUGCAGUACUGGUUGGCUUCAUCUCGCUCUUGGAUGUGAACGAGAACAACAUGCGAGGUUUGUGUGACACUCAUGGCAGGCAGAUUGUCGAGACGGCCGAGUGGGUGAGCAACGUAUUCGACAACACUCGAGGUGGAGAUGAGGCCGGCGGCGGCGAGGAGAACCAGGUCAAGAUGAUGGCGGCGGGCGUGCUGAUCAGGCUCAGGGAAGCAAUCGAGAAGCACCAGGCCUUGCUGAUGGGCGACUUGAUCGGAUAUUCGUGA